UAAACUCCUCCCCUGCUCUCAUCCCUCUCCCAGCUUCCAGCUCCGGCGAUCAUCGCCAACUCACUCUCAGUCACGCUGAAAAUUAAGGAAAAAUGGGGAUCAUAGAAAAGAUCAAGGAAAUUGAGGCCGAGAUGGCUCGGACUCAGAAGAACAAAGCAACAGAGUAUCAUCUUGGUCAGCUCAAGGCAAAGAUAGCAAAGCUGAGGACUCAAUUACUGGAGCCUCCAAAGGGUUCUAGCGGAGGAGGAGAAGGUUUUGAAGUAACAAAAUUUGGCCAUGGACGUGUUGCACUGAUAGGUUUUCCAAGUGUGGGGAAGUCAACGCUUUUGACAAUGUUAACGGGCACACACUCGGAAGCUGCGUCUUAUGAGUUCACAACACUCACAUGUAUUCCUGGCAUCAUACACUACAAUGACACAAAAAUUCAGCUUCUUGACCUUCCUGGAAUCAUUGAAGGUGCUUCUGAAGGCAAGGGCCGUGGAAGGCAGGUUAUUGCUGUUUCCAAGUCUUCUGAUAUUGUUCUGAUGGUCCUCGAUGCCUCAAAAAGUGAGGGUCAUCGGCAAAUAUUAACAAAGGAGCUGGAAGCUGUGGGUUUGCGUUUAAAUAAAAGACCACCUCAAAUAUAUUUCAAAAAGAAAAAAACUGGGGGUAUUUCAUUCAACAGCACUGUACCUUUGACUCAUGUGGAUGAGAAGCUUUGUUAUCAAAUUUUACAUGAAUACAAAAUUCACAAUGCAGAGCUACUAUUUCGUGAGGACGCGACAGUGGAUGAUCUUAUUGAUGUCAUUGAGGGAAAUCGUAAAUACAUGAAGUGUAUUUAUGUAUACAACAAGAUAGAUGUUAUUGGUAUUGAUGACGUGGACAAAUUGGCAAGACAACCUAGUUCUGUUGUUAUUAGCUGCAAUCUGAAGCUGAAUUUUGAUAGACUACUUGCAAAGAUGUGGGAAGAAAUGGGUCUUGUUAGAGUUUAUACAAAGCCACAAGGCCAGCAACCGGACUUCAGCGAUCCUGUAGUGCUAUCUACUGAUAGAGGUGGCUGCACUGUGGAAGACUUCUGUAACCACAUACACAGGAGUCUAGUGAAGGAUGUUAAAUAUGUGCUAGUCUGGGGUACAAGUGCCAGGCAUAUCCCCCAGCAUUGUGGUCUUGGUCACGGGCUUCAAGAUGAGGAUGUGGUUCAAAUUGUUAAGAAAAAGGAAAAGGAAGAGGGUGGAAGGGGUCGGUUCAAGUCGCAUUCAACAGCUCCUGCUCGAAUAGCUGACAGAGAGAAGAAGGCUCCAUUGAAGACAUAAUACUGUGAAGGGUUCUUGUCGUCCGUACAGAAGCUUCUUUAUGAGAAGCAGCGUUGGGAUCCCAAGUCAGAGGUCGAGUGGCUAUGCAAAUGAUGUGCCUGUGUUGCAUUUAAGCAUCAUUCAGAAUGUGACGAAUCUGGUUGUAGGUUCUCUCGUGCUUCAAUCAGUCUGCUCAUUAAAAUUGAUAAGGCUUUUGGCUCCGUAUGUUGUAAUCUUCAUCAUGAAGGUCUAGAAACUUCAGAGGUAGCACACUAUUUAUCGGGUUGGAAAUAUGACGAUUAUAUAUUAUUUCUACAAAUUGUUUUGACUC